AUGCGCACCACGUUCCAAGUCUUUCUGGAGAACAAUGUCGGUCUACCCAAAAUUGGCCAGUACGUCGGAGCCGCAAUCGGCCUCGAGCAGGACAUUCGUCACCUCGAAAGGGAACAAAUAGUCGACCUCCUACUCGACCACAUCGACGACCUGCCGGCUCCGGCCCGUGCCAUGUUUAACGUCGAAGGCUACCGUAACGCCUACAUCCCACCACCUCGAGUCGUCGUCCAAGCUAUCCCGCGACUCCCUGCGGCUGCUGCGCACCGUCUCAAAAUGUUCCUCCGCCCUGCCGACCCCAACCGCCCUGCGGGAUGGCCAAGGCUUGGCCAGAUUCUCGGCGCAUGCGUUGGUGUUGACGUCAACAUCAACAUCAGUCGUAUGAACCUGGACCAGGUGGUCGAGGCCAUCGUCGCGAACUACAACCGAAUGAGUGUCGCUACACGCGACAUCAUUGAGCAGGAGAUGCGCGCGCAGCCGCCAGUUCCUGAUCGCCCCAUCCCUCCCCUGGCCAACGCCAAUCCCGGCGCCGCCGCUCGUCGGGCAGCCUUUAUGGCCAACGCCCAGGCUUGCCAGGCCGCCCGCUUCGGCGCGCUGGAAGACGAGGUCGUCGUUCUCCGCGCGGCAGUGGCAGUCGCCCUCACUGCUGCUGAAAUCGGCGGCCUCCAGGACGACUUGGUCGCCCUUCGCGCCCAGCUCGUUGCUGUUGCCACAGAGGAUGACCGUGUCGCAGCGCUGCGGCAGCAGCUCCUUGCCCGCAACUGGGCUGCUCAAAUCGACGCGGCCACAACCGCGGCCAACCAAGCGGCAGCCGGGGCCGCCGAAGCCUUUGGAGGUUGGAUAGGCCUUGAGGGAGGCUGA